GUUUGAUGGAGUUGUGUGCGCUUAUGCCGGUGAUUUUUUGUAUCCAUAACGCACAAGACUAGCUGAACGACGCGCCGUCAACAUGUUUGACUGCAUGGACGUGCUGGCCGUGAGUCCCGGGCAGAUGUUGGAUUUCUACACGCCCAGCCCGUCCUCCUGCAUGCUGCAGGAAAAGGCUCUGAAAGCCUGCAUCAGCGGACUGGCGCACAGAGAGUGGCAGCACCGCCGGAGCGCACACUCCAUUGAAACACAGAGCACCAGUUCUGAGGAGCUCGUCCCCAGCCCGCCGUCCCCACCGCCCCCGCCCAGAGUCUACAAGCCCUGCUUCGUCUGCCAGGACAAGUCCUCUGGAUACCACUACGGUGUCAGUGCUUGUGAAGGCUGCAAGGGUUUUUUCCGCCGAAGCAUCCAGAAGAACAUGGUGUACACGUGUCACCGGGAGAAGAACUGCAUUAUCAACAAGGUGACGAGGAACCGCUGUCAGUACUGCCGCCUGCAGAAGUGCUUUGGAGUGGGAAUGUCCAAAGAGUCUGUUCGAAAUGACCGGAAUAAGAAGAAGAAAGAGAGUCCAAAGCCGGAGCUGGCAGAGAGCUACGAGCUGACAGCCGAGCUGGAGAGCAUCAUUGAAAAGAUUCGUAAGGCCCAUCAAGAAACCUUCCCCUCCCUCUGCCAGCUUGGCAAAUACACCACGAACUCGAGUGCAGACCACCGUGUGAGGCUGGACCUGGGCCUGUGGGACAAAUUCAGUGAGCUGGCCACUAAGUGCAUUAUCAAGAUCGUGGAAUUUGCCAAACGAGUGCCUGGCUUCACGGGGCUGACCAUCGCAGACCAGAUCACGCUCCUGAAAGCUGCCUGCCUGGACAUUUUGAUCCUGCGCAUCUGUACGAGGUACACCCCCGACCAGGACACCAUGACCUUCUCGGAUGGGCUCACACUCAACCGGACGCAGAUGCAUAAUGCUGGCUUCGGCCCACUCACUGACUUGGUGUUCACUUUUGCCAACCAGCUGCUGCCCAUCGAGAUGGACGACACGGAGACAGGCCUCCUCAGCGCCAUCUGUCUCAUCUCCGGAGAUCGUCAGGACCUAGAGGAGCCCUCGAAGGUGGACCAGCUCCAGGAGCCACUCUUGGAAGCUCUUAAAAUCUACGUGAGGAAGCGUCGGCCCAGCAAACCGCACAUGUUCCCCAAAACUCUGAUGAAGAUCACAGACCUGCGCAGCAUCAGCGCUAAAGGAGCAGAGCGGGUCAUCUCUCUGAAGAUGGAGAUCCCAGGUUCCAUGCCACCGCUCAUCCAGGAGAUGCUGGAGAACUCAGAGGGCCAAGACAGCCAGAGCAACAGCAGCAGCAGCAGCAGCAGCAGCAGUAGCAGCAGCAGCAGCAGCACUUCAGCUGAGGCAGGGGCCAGCCCCAGCAGUAAGGAAAGCCCCAACGAAGACACCACUGCUCUGGAGUCGCCGGAGUCCUUGGACACCGAGGGAGCGACAGCAACACCGCCCAGCGACGAGCCCUAGGAGGCGCCCACGGGCACCUCUGAGACGUACUCUGACAUUUCUUUGCACAAAAAAGAACAGCCGGACAAGGCGUCGACCCCCUAUAACCCGUCUGCCCCGACUCUCCGACGCUUGGUAUUACGUUAUCUUUAUAUCCUUCUUCUUUUCCCAUUCCCCUAAAAUUCCCUCCUUAAAAAGAAAACAUCAACACGGAGGCCUCAAAGGAUCAGUGCUUUGUGUAUAAUUCUGAAUUGAGCUCUUAUUCGGCAUGGUGUCUCUGGGACUGUGACAGGAAGGGCGUGGCCCUUGCAACCCACCAGAGAUGAUACUCCUCAGGUCUCCUGUGUAACUUCUUAUCUGCAUGACGGGAGUUGGAUAAGUCGUUUUACUCCUCUUUCUCUCUCUCUCUUACUCUGUCCUCAUCUCUUCUCAUCUGUCAUGUUGUUGGCAUACGUACAUUGUACAUACCAUUGUAUGGUUAGAUCUCUGUUUCUAUGAUGAAUUUUGUGGUGCUUUUUCAUUGUCUUAAAUAUUAUCUUUGAGGCGAUACAUCAAGGUUUAAAGAUGGACUAAUUGUAAGUCCUUCAAAAAGUUAUCUAGAAUGUUAUUGCAUAUAGACAUUAUGGAAGUCUAAUAUUUUAUAUUUGUUCCUAUAUUUAAAACUGUUUUUUGUCUUUUAAAACACUUAUUAGUUCAUGUCUCUACAUGAAUGAGUGUACAUCCACACCGCCAGAAUGCAAAGCUUCUCUCCAUAUUGACAGCCAAGUCUGUCCAACUGUUUUCUCAAAGGAGGGAGGCAAAACAGCAACAGCCUUUGACACACACUCAUCGGAUUGACUGCGUCUGUUUAACUUUUCAGUCUCGGCAUGAACCACAGAGACCCGACGUACCAGAUUAGAUUUAGAAUCAGGCUGUCCAUGAAAUUAACUCAUUUGGUGGCUGUAUCUCCUCAGUAAAUCCGUUUACCUCACUGUCAAAACAAAUUGGGGAAAUUAGGUUGCUGAUAGAUACCAGAGAUUUUUCUGCAACAGGCUGUGAUCGCAUAGGACGCCCUAUACUUCUACUGGAUCAUGAUUCAACUUUAACCGUGAUCAGUUUAACGAGCCUGUGGGGUGACACAACUUGUCCCCCUAAAAGAUCAGUUUCUCUACAGUAUCAUGCCUAAUUCUACUGGCCUCAAACCACAAGUGUCCAUUUAUUGUAUGAGGAAGAUGUCUGGCUUCACAUUAUGCUACUCGCUAUUUAUUAAUCUAAUUUCCACCAGCAUGAUUUCCUUGUUCAGUAGAAAAAGUACAAGAAGAGAAAAUGUCUCAUUGCCAGGGAAACUAAUUUACUAGAGAACACAAAGGAACACAAAUGUUGGCACAGCAGCAAUAAAACUGAGACAACAAUAGAUAAUUCAAACUUCACUGGCAUGUUGCUCUCCUGCUACCAAGCAGAGACGACGUUCAUGUCCUCUGGUCUGGUUUAAAGGGAGUCUGUCAGUCUUUCAGCAGCACGAAUGGAAAAGUCAUCAAGUCAGCGACUGACUUAAUAAUGUCAGUUACAAUAUCAGUCCAGUGUUCGCUAACAUUAGCUAGUAUAAGAUACCAUUAGGUUAUAGAGAAACAGCAAAACCCCUGGAUGGACUAAUUUACCUUUCAAAAGUUCCACAGUCUCACGUUAGAGAAUAAUUCAAUUUCAAUGUAAUUUAUGUUUUACUGGUUAUGCUAAUAUUGUACUCGCCAGAGUGACUGCAGAGAUCUGAGAGCACAGAGCUCUCAGAUCAAAGCCAAACAGCAGCCAAAUUAUCUAAAGCACUUCACUUGGAGGUGAAACCGAACGUUGGUGCAGACUGUUUGUGUAACAAUUUUGCUGUUAGCCUGUACUUUCUCUUCCAAGUGAAUUCAUUUAACCAUAGUCUUUAUUUAAAACCUUUACAACAAUCUGGUAAGAACCCAAGGAGACAAGGACAAUGCUGCAGACUCCCCAGUCUUAAUAAUUAUUUUGAUGAGUAUUGUGUUAUCACUGAUAAGAAUCAUGCAAAACUGCAAAAAUAAGACCCAAGUUGUAUUAAACCAGUGUUUGAAGUGAUGCAACUAGCUUUCUUAGCUCCUCGCCACGUUAACUGCAAAGAUCUUAAAAUGCUGCAACAUUGCUCAAACUGGUUCAGAAGCACAAACAGUCACCUCAUCAGACAAAACCCUCAUUUGGAGCAGAUUAAUGUUAGGUUAAAGUUAAAGUGCAAAAUUAUUAUCCAAACUGUGCACUGUGAACAUCCAUCACAGUUUACAGACCAAUGUCGCAGUUCAACUUUGACAGUUUAGCGUCCUCACUUGAGGUUUUACCUGAAAAUUGGUGGUUUCGCUAAACUGUCAGAUUGUUCACUACUUACGUGAUUAUCUCUAUUUUUAGUGUUGUGUUUUUGACCAGCAUAACUGAUGGUUAGAAACCUACAAAAAUAUGACCCAAGUUAUAAAACUAUAGUUUUCCUUUCGCCCUAUUGUUGCCUUAUGCCACUAAAUUCUUGCUUCCUCUGUUAACCAGCAGUCCUGGGCUUUGUACUUGUGCUGAUCACAGCCAAUGGCAGCUCUGACUUUUCCAAAAAAAAAUGCCUGAAUGUCAGCCUGAUGAGUGUGUAUCUACCACCAACAGAAUGAACUACCAACCGGGCUCUGCAAACACACAUGGGCUCUGUUGUGGCCUUAUGAGCAGAGCUCCGCAACCCGCUUUUCUCUACCUUUUCAGAAGUGUCUUGUUUGAACCAGUCAAACACAGGGGCAAUGCAAUCCUUAAAACACACUGAUGACCGAGCUGUGUGGGUCGGGAAGAUUGUACACAAAUUUAGAAAGCACAUGAUGGUGUGGUAUCCACAAAUCCGCUCCAAAUGUCCGCCUUAGUCUUCUGACUUGACAGUGUAAGCUACAUUUAAUGAUGCUAAAGGAGAUCCCAGAUGACCCUCUACCGCCCUGAGAAGUACAGCUGAGUAAAGCUUCUCUUUUGACAGGAGAUCCAACUGAGCUCUUAAUCUCAUUGGCGGGGAAGUAGGCGGUGUGGCGUAUCAGAUGAAGUGGUCCCACUGAAAUUAAAAGAUGAUCCUAGAAAGCUGCUUUUGUCCACAGCUGAGGUCACACAUAAUACUGAACAAUGAGAAUUAAACUCCAUUAUAGCCACUUAUAGGACCCAGAUCCCUCACUACGCUGCUGUCCCUGCUGGCUGAAUAAUGGCUCCAUUCAUUCUAAUAUCAAGUGGUUAUUCACUUACAGCACCGGGGACAAACUAACUGUAGCACUUAAACAGGUUGAACCUUUGAGAUGUAGCUGUAGUACUAAAACUUAAUAGUAUCAAAGAUAACAGCAGCACCUGCUCAACCACAGCAGCGGGCCAAAGUUCAACUUUAAACUAAUCGAGCGUAAAAGUUAUACAUCGUAAAGAACACUGAUAUUAAAACAGCUGUGGAAUUACUCUCACACUGCUUUCAGAAAAAUGGGAGUUUCUUCUUUUAGACAUAAUGCAGUAAUGACAACAGAAUGGACAGAUGGAAUCAGUUUUAGUUUGGGCUCUAAACGGGCAGGUUUUUAACAGAAAUAAGCAGGUAUGUUUGUGCCAGCAGGUAUUCAGUUUGAUUCAUCCAGUUUUGAAUUUGAAAAUGAAUCUGCAUUGAAUACAAGGUCCACUGACUCGCUUGUUCUUGAGUUUUGACUAAAAGAAGUAGUUAUAUGUUUUGGGAAAUGGACUUGGAAUUCACUUUAGAACUGAGAAUCAGUUAUCUUAGUAUAUAGACCGGAGUGAGCCAGUCCACCUAUAGAAAAAUACAUUCAUUCCUUGAUGUUGGAAAUGACAGGUCAGAAUAUUUUAAUUAAAAAAAAAAUCCCCCACUUUGGGACAAAUAUAUUCCCAUACAUAUUGUCUUCAACACCCUGAAAUAUUUGCCGAAUGGUCUAAACUGUUGCGGUGAGUAGGUGAGUCAUUCUGUAACGUGAGACCCCAGGGCUGUGAAGGGUUCUGGGUCUCAGCAGCACAUAAAAAAAAAACUCAUCUGCAUUCCAUCCCUGCCCAGAAAUACAUAUCAUAAGGGAAACCAGAGCUGUUUUAGUUUUUCGUUUUAACGUGUUUGAAUGUGAAUAAUGUCAUGGAGUCAGAAGAAUGAUAUGCAGUGUUACGGAAUACUUUAAUACUUUACUUCUAUAUCAUUGUAACAUAGGAAACGCUCUCCCUUGAUUUUCUGUCUUGCUCUCCUGGUGAGAGAUAAAGGGAGGCAUCUAGGUGUUUUUCUUUUCUUUUUUUUUUUCUUUUUUGAAGCUGGAAAACCUUCACAGCCGAAGAAUGUCCACAUCCACCCCUGAAGCGUCCAGCCGGCCCUCAGGCGCCUGGACACAGCAGGAGCUGUUAUCUGUUCCUUUAGGAAACAACUUCACAAUGCUGAAUUACUCCUGUUCGUUUCUGUUGAAUGUUGUACCGACGUAACUGUAAUACUCUACUAUCUAGCUCACUGCAAAGAUGUUACAUAAAUGGUGUGUGCUUUGCAUUUCAUUAGGCAGCUCUGUGGAAAAGACGGGAGCAUCAACUGACAUCUAAGUGUAAAACUAAGGAGGAGGAACUGGAACUUGAUGGGCUGAUCUGGGCAUCCAGGUCAUAAUUCACACAACAAUCUCAUUUAUAAUUUGGGACAAUGAGAAACCUAUGUGUGGCAGAAAUGGACAACCAAGUCACCUCAGCACCCGAUAUCGUUGAUAUCUGUUCCUGUUCCUUGUCAAACAACAGAGCUGCCCCCACACCCACCCCCCACCCCCCCGGCUCUGCCAGGAAGCCAAUAAGCUGUCGUCAAUCAAUCAAACCCAAUCAAUCGACAGCUAUUUGGUUAACAGGUCAACUAACAAACUAGGAGCUGACUGAGUAAGUGAAUAAGAGCUUUGCAAACCAACAGGAUUUGAUUUAAUCAGAUUGAAUCAGAUGUAGUUAACAGUGUAUGACAAUAAUAAGUCCACGGAAAAAAUCACCCUUUAAUCAGACAGCAGACAACCACCACUGGGAUUAUAUUUAAAGCCACUACUAUAUAUUUUUAGAGUAAUAAUAGAUCAUAUAAAUAUGUGUAAUGUGAAAGGUGUCACUCAUUGCGCCAAGUCCACAAUUGAAAAGUCCAACUCUACACUCUACUACUCUACAAGUAGGAGACUGCUAAAGUUUUCCCCACACAUAACUGCAUUCUGACUAAUAUCAUGUGAACAAAGGAUUAGUUUACUAGUAGCUAACUAGCCAGUAAAACCCCAGAAAACAUGAAACACAGUAGUAGGAUCACAAAAAACCCUGUAUCAGCCCCACAUAUCAGUCCAAAACUAGAUGAAAACUGGAGCCAGAAUACAUGACUGUGAACCUCAGUAUCAAUCACUGACAGUAGCUCUGUUGUUGUCUGUCCUGAAGGUGUUUUUGGUAGACAUCACAAACUGUCCAUAGUCGCCUUUUUUCCCCAUAGGUUUCAGAGAACCUCACCACCAAUCAUAUGCAGUGUUGUAUAGUCGUGUUAAUAUGAGACAUGAUGAUCACAUCUUACUGGGCACGAGGGUGGAAGGGGCAGGGACUGGUGUGGAUUCAUCCCAUCAGCCCCUGCUGCUGGCCCGUAGGGUGAAGUUGACCUCAGGAGCUGCUCUGGGGUUUGAGCUUCGAUCUGUUCCUGCUCUCCAUUUUAAAUAUUGUCUCUGUUUGUACAUUAACAUAUGCUUUUUAUGUUCAUAUACUGUUUAACUUUACCACGA